UACCCUGUCAAACGGUUCGUCCCCACCCAAAAAAAUAAAAAUAAGAAAUAAAAACCCAAAUAAGCACCUUCAUCACUGCAAUUUGGGCUCAAAUCUCUCCCAUUUGUUCAAUAUCUCACUCCAGAUCCCCAAAAUCCGAAUCCGACCGUUAAAUCUAGGGGUUUUCUCUUCAGCCUGAAAGAGGACUCUUUCUCGGGCAAGCAGAUUUUGUAGAGACCUUCAGCUAAAUGUCUGGCAAUUUGGAAAUUCAAAUUCUAGUUUUCUAAUCUCUUCAGAUUCUGAUACUACCCACAUUGGAUUCGGCAUUGGAAAUUUGAUGGGUCACUGUCAAAAUCCGAGCUUGUUGCUCCUUCUGUUGCAAUGGCGAUUUCUAUGACGAACGGAAAUGCAGUUGGGUGAGCUCAAUUCAGCAGCAAUCACUGUGUGUAGAUUUAUACAUGUAAUGCAGGUCCAUGGAAAGGGAGGAUGAAGAUUUUGGUGGUCUUCAUGAGGGUGUCAUGGAUGUCGGACUUCAAACGGCAAAUAGGUUGGACUUGAACGUAGAGCAAGUUUUUUGCAGCCCAAAAUUUGUAUCUAUCAAUGCUACUCAGCCUAAUAUUUCUUCCAUAGGUGCACACAGUAUAGAUUCAGUUUUAAAACUUGGUUCAGAAUUCGAAUCUGAUGAACAUGCUUACAAAUCUUACAAGAACUAUGCCAGGUUGGUGGGUUUUAAUGUUCGAAAAGACUGGGUCAAUAGGAGUAAGGUACAUGGCCAGGUGGUAUCGAGGAAGUUCACUUGUUCUAGAGAAGGUUAUCGACAGAAUGACAAAAGAGAUGCUAAUGUAAAGAAACGUCGCAAGGAAACAAGAACUGGUUGCUUGGCGCAUGUUAUUAUUACUCGUCAACCUGAUAGUAAAUACCGGGUUACGCAAUUUGAAGAACAACACAAUCAUGACAAUAUAAAUCCAAGUAUUGCUCAAAUGUUACCACCACAAAGAGAAUCCAGUGUUCCUCAAGCAGCUGACUUGGUAGAAGACUUCAGGCCACUGUCGAAAUUGGCAUUUGACUUGAUGAGUAGACGACCUAGAAUAAGGGAAUCUGCUGAUAGUUUUGCCUUUGAUUUUGACAAUCAUCUUCAGUCUGAAAGGACUCGAGAUACGAAGGAGGGAGAGGUGGGACGUUUGCUGCAUUACUUUCAAAGGCAGCACUUUGAAAACCCGUCGUUUUUUUAUGCAUUACAGGUUGAUGCUGAUGAUAAAGUGAGUAACAUAUUUUGGGCUGAUGAUAAUAUGGUAUCAGAUUAUGAACAUUUUGGGGAUGUGGUUUGUCUGGACUCAGUUUGCAGAACAGACACGAAGUGUCUGCCAUUUGUACAGUUUAUAGGCGUAAAUCAUCACAAACAGGUAGUUAUUUUUUCUGCUGCACUUUUGUAUGAUGGCACUGUUCAAUCUUUUGAGUGGCUAUUUCAAACUUUCUUGGAGACAAUGUCAGGGAAGAAACCAAAGGUCAUUCAUACCGAUCAAGAUCCAGCACUUGUUGAGGCAAUAAAUUCAGUCUUGCCGGAAACAGACCAUCGCAUAUGCACAUGGCAAAUGUGCCAUAGUUCUCUCAAGCACCUUCACCACGUAGUAGAAGAUACUGAGGCUUUUGCCAAUGAUUUUACGAGCUGUAUAUAUGACCACAAAGAUGAGGAUGAUUUUGUUCGUGCGUGGGGAGAUAUGCUGGAUAAUUAUGGCCUUCGGAAGAAUGACUGGUUAAAGUGGAUGUUUAGGGAACGAGAAAAAUGGGCUGUGGUAUAUAACAGGAAUACAUUUUUUGUUGACAUGAAAGGGUCACAUCUGGUUGAGAGUUUAUUCAAUGAUUUGAGAAAAUACCUAAACUCUGACCCAGAUGUGCUUCGUUUCUUUAAGCAUUUUGAAAGGGUGGUAGAUGAGCAACGUUGCAAAGAAAUAGAAGCUAGUGUUGAAAUGAACCGUUGUAUUCCAAGACUGAUGGGAAAUGUGAUUUUGUUAAGGCAUGCAAGUAAUGUUUACACUCCAAGAGCGUUUCAAGUAUUUCAGCGAGGAUACGAGAAGUCUUUAGAUAUUGUUGUUAAUCAAUGCAGUGAGAAUGACUCAUUGUUUGAGUACAAAACCAACAUAUUUGGUAAAAGUACGGAGCACACAGUUACAUUCAACUCUUCUGAUGACAUAGUCAUUUGCAGUUGUAAGAAAUUUGAGUCUGUUGGGUUUCUGUGUAGCCAUGCUCUUAAAGUGCUUGAUCACCGCAAUAUAAAGGUUCUCCCCUCCAAAUAUAUCUUGAAGAGAUGGACCAAAGAUGCAAGGUUAGGGAGUGCAAGAGUAAGUGAUGCCAUCAGUGAUAACCCUAAGCUUAUUGUGGGAAGCCGUUACAAAAUUCUGUGCCACCGGAUUCUUAUGUUACCAGCCAGGGCUUCUGAAUCUGAGGAGGCUUUUCAGUUUGCUGUUAGACAACUUGAUCAAGUGAUGGAAGGUGUGGAGAAAAUCUUAACAUUAAGGCCUGAGGAUGCUCAAGCUUUGACUUCAAGUAGCACGGCUGCAAAUGUUUCUGAUACUGAACAUGCAAAGAUUUUUCUAGAUGAAUUUGCAAUCAAUAAUCAGGAUGACAAUAGAGUAAAAGGAGCCGAGGAAAAGGAUGGAGCCGUUCUAGACAGACGUCCAUUAACAAAUGUUAAUGGCGAUUACAAUGCAUCCAUACAAAAUACUGGUUCCUGCAUUUCAAGUCCGCUAUUGUACGCCUCACCUCAAGCUGCAGCGGAAAAUGAUAUUAUCCAGGGUUUGUACAAUUUUGAAACGAACCAGGUGGUUCAGUGCAUGCACGAACAAGAUAGCCUGGUGAUAAACCAGCAAACUGAUCCUAACAUGUUCUUUGCUAACGAACAUGAUUCACCUGGUCAUUCUCAACUACUGCAGGAACCCCUGAUCAAUGGUGUGUACCAAGAGCCCGUAUCAAGCACCCCUGAAGUGAGGCAGGCAAUGGAUCUCGAUGUCCAAACUCCAUCAUCGUUCUUGGUUUUUGAUGGCAGAUAGAGAGCUUCGGACGCUCAUCUGUUAAAAUAUGUAUGUUCUAUGUUGUAUAGUGUACUCUGUAGAUUCUCAAUUGUCUGAAAUGCCUAUCUCGAUGUCCAAACUCCAUUGUCGUUUAUGGUUUUUGAUGGCAGAUAGAGAGCUUCAGACACUCCUCUGUUAAAAUAUGUAUGUAUAUGUACUCUUACUCUGUAGGGUUUCAAAUGGCUGAAAUGCCUGUUUUUUGAUUUCUAAAUAUUAUUAGAUUUUGAAGAGUCUCAAA